CAUUGAAGUGCCUCGUUAGCAGCAACCACCGCUGAAACUGACAUAUUAACAAGAUUUGGAUUUGUGUGGGAAAAUGUUUUACUCUAAAUUAGAAGGCUUGCCGCUGGUUCUGCUUUCACUGGCCGUAUCGGUUAUGGCCCAGGCAGAACAGGCCGAGUACGUUAUCGACAUUUCCGACAUGUUUCAAGAGUGUGACAAUGGUAAACCUGUACCGGCCAUCAAACUGGACAACUUCGAAAGCUUGCAGGAUGACGAAGGGAACGCGUUGCUCAAUGGAAACAUGGUUUUCGAUGAUGAAUAUAACGAUCCAAUCGAGAUGAAGAUGUACUCCACUCGGCUGAAACAAGGCUCUUGGGUGGACGGAGAAAUAUCUCGUGAUGUGAUGAACAUCUGCCCGUUGAUAAUGAGCUCUUCGGAACCGUGGUAUGUCAUAACGUCAGCCAUGAAGCAACAGGAUUGCCCCUACAAGGCAGGACACAAAGAAAGCUUCGAGCUGCUGCCGAUGGGUGAUAUGGGCUUCGGUUCCAUUCCGGAGUCUUUCGCUGGUGAUUGGAGGCUUUAUGUGGAAACUACCACCCAGAGAGGAGAUGACAAAGUGACCGAAUGCUUCCGCGUUGCUUUUAGUAUCGUCGAAAAGUAAAAACGAAGAAUGAUUUAUAUUGAUAUCCGGAAAAUAAUUGUAUUAUUUUUUGGUUAUUAUUCAUACAUUCUUUGAGCUUCGGAAAUUGAUCAGAUGAAAGCGUACUGCACUGAAAUAGGAGGAAAUGAAAAUAAGUGUUAUGAUAUAUGACUAGAUGAAUAUGGAAGUACUAUUGUGAAUGGCAUGGAAAUAAAUAAAUAGUCUAUUAUUUUAUCUUUUAAAUACGCUUUUGCACCACCGAAUUUUCAAACCAUAAACCAUAAAAUCCCACAGAGACGAAAUGUUUAGACGAAAAA